AUGCUGAAUAUGUCAACUGAGCAGAAAAUUAGAGAGUGGUUCGUAGAAGUUUCAUCCUUAUUUGAAGAGGAGUAUGCCAACAAUGAACAAACAUCGACAACCUUACCACAACAAAGUUUGGACCAAAUACCACCAGAGGGAGACAUUAGCUCGCAGAAAACUUUAGAGAUAGAAACGUGUGUCAAAACUCCUGAAAAAUUAAUUCCAGUUUUUAUAGUAACAAGUGUUUCAGUUCUUACUAAAGACGAACCACUUGUGGAACCAUCACAAAUAUUGAUACCUCCUAAGCGAUCUUUAGCAAAUAUUUUUGACGAUACAGUUCCAUGGCCGACACAGAAACCUAUUUUAAAUAAAAGGAAAAGAGAAUAUACUCCUAGUGACAUUACUUGUGAUCGUUGGGUUGAGUAG